AUGAAGCUCGCUCUCGUUGCUUACGCCCUCUCUGCUUCGGCAUGCCUCCUCCCCUCCGACUCAGUCCCUCACUCGGAGCGCAGCUACGGCCUGUCAGCCCGACAAGCCCGUCCUGAGCCAGACUUCCCCAUCGGCACAGGCGAUCGCUUCAACAAGGGCAAGGUCGUUCCCAAGGGCCUGUCCACCUCGGACCGCAACCUCAAGUCCAUCCUGACCCCCACCGAGGUCAACUCUGCGCUCGAGGGUCUGGCCAAGCAGUUCAAGGAGGUCGAGCUCAUCCAUCCUCCCCACAAGACCUACGAGGGUUUCAAGACCGUGGGCGCCAAGAUUGGAAAGAACCCCAAGUUCUUCAUCAUCAGUGGUGCACACGCUCGCGAGCGCGGCGGUCCUGACAAUGUCGUCUACUGGCUUUCCGAUCUCCUGCACGCUCGUAAGGCGGGCAAGGGGCUCAAGUAUGGCAAGACUACAUACACUGCCGCCGAAGUCCGCAAGGCUCUUGACGGAGGCAUUGUCAUCCUGCCCAACAUCAACCCCGACGGUGUCAAGCACGACCAAAAGACCAACUCGUGCUGGCGCAAGAACCGCAACCCCAAGAGCUCAAAGGGUAACCCUGAUGCGGUGGGUAUCGACAUCAACCGCAACUACGACUUCUUGUUCAACUACAAGAAGGCUUUCAGCGACUCCAUCGACUUGAGCUCCGUUGCCUCAGAGGACCCCACGAGCGAGGUCUUCCACGGCACCGGGCCCAACUCUGAGCCCGAGACCAAGAACGUCGUCUGGACCAUGGACAAGUUCAAGAGUCUGAGCUGGUUCGUCGAUCUUCACUCCUUCGGCGGUUACAUGCUGUACGCUUGGGGUGACGACGACGCGCAGACCACCAACAAGGCCGAGAGCUUCGCCAACAAGAAGUACGACGGCCGUCGCGGUGUCCUCGGCGCUGCUGAGACACCCAAGACAAAGUACAAGGAGUACAUUACCAAGAGUGACCUUGACGGCCAGCUCAAGCUGGGCAACCGCAUGAAGAAGGUUAUGGAGAACGCCGGAACCUCAAAGUACACCGUCCAAGAGGCCGUUGGAUUGUACCCUACCUCCGGCGCCAGCACUGACUACGCCCUUGCUCGAUACUACGGUAAGGCCUGUGGUAAGAGCAAGCUUCAGAGCUACACCAUUGAGUUUGGCGAGGAGAGUGGUUCGGCCGCAUGCCCGUUCUACCCUGAUCAGAAGCAGUACCACAUGUGGAUGAAGCAGGUUGCCUCUGGAUUGACCGAGGUUGCUCUCAAGGCUGCCGAUACCACUCCUGAGGUCAAGAAGUGCCCUUAUUAG